AUGCUAGUCUGGCCCAUGCUAAUAGGGCCAACCCAACUGGUUGGUCGAGUUGUCCUUUCGAGGGCCGAGUUUUCUCCAACAACCACCGACGCCACAACUGUCCUCAUUUCGGGCCACUUUGAGGCGUCAUGGCGUCGGGACAGAGGGCGGCUCUUUGAGCUGGCGCGUCCACCGGGUUCUGCUUGUCCGGUAUCUCAACUCUCGUCCAACCGCUUCGUUCCACCUUUCAGCCUCGGCCCUGAGGCAGGCAGGCAAGAGGCCGGGGCCGUUGACACAAGGCCGGACCGGUGUGAUGCUGAGGCCUUCGGGUAG